GCCCUGGAAAAUUCCACUCCUGUGUAAGCUCUGCCCUAUGCGCCUUCUCUGCUACCGUACCUGCUUCACUUGCAGUUGCCAUCCCAGCAGCCUUUGCGUGAGCAAAAUGGCAGCCCCCAUGGCUUGGGAGUUGUCCUUCUUGUCCAGGACUUUGGGCUGGUGGUCUCGGCAGCCUGUUCUAGUGACUCAGUCCAUAGCUGUAAUUCCAGUAAGAACUAAAAAACGUUUCACACCUCCUACUUAUAAAUCUAAAUACAAAACAGAAAAAGAGUUUAUGGAACAAGCCCGGAAAGCAGGAUUGGUCAUUCCUCCAGAACGUUUGGAGCGUCCCAUACAUCUGGCCUGUACAGCUGGUAUCUUUGAUGCCUAUGUUCCUCCAGAGGGUGAUGCUCGGAUGUCUUCUCUUUCAAAGGAAGGACUGAAACAGAGAACUGAGCGAUUGAAGAAGAAAGCGGCAUCACAAUUGUCAUUCCGGAAAAUAAAAGAAUAUGAUGUUGAUUUUAAAAUUAAGGACUUCCCUGAAAAAGCAAAGGAUAUCUUCGUGGAAGCUCACCUUUGUCUGAACAACUCAGACCAUGACCGGCUUCAUACCUUGGUAACUGAACGGUGUUUUCCGGACAUGGUCUGGGACAUCAGGUAUAAGACUGUCCGAUGGCGCUUUGUGGAAUCUUUAGAGCAACCUCAGGUGGUCCAGGUUCGCUGUUCAAGUCUGGUGAAUCAAAGCAACUUGUACGGCCAGGUCACUGUCCGCAUGCAUACCCGCCAGACUCUGGCCAUCUAUGACCGGUUUGGACGGUUGAUGUAUGGACAGGAAGAUGUACCCAAGGAUGUCCUGGAGUAUGUCGUGUUUGAAAAGCACCUGACAAACCCCUAUGGGAGCUGGAGAAUGCAUGGCAAGAUUGUUCCCUCAUGGGCACCCCCUAAGCAGCCUAUCCUUAAGACGGUGAUGAUCCCUGGUCCCCAGCUUGGGGAAGACCAUGAAGAAGCACAAGGAGAGGCCCAUAAGCCUCAGCUAGUCUGAUGGCAAAUACGACUCUCGGAGUAAAGCAUGGGUGAUGAGGCUGCUGGGAGCUGAGAAAUCAUUCAUCUCCAUUGUGCUCUAAGAGGAACUACCUUUGUUUUCUCCAGGCCUGCUUGAGUCUUUUCAACAGUCUUAUCCUGAACAACCAUGGCUGAUGGCUGGGCCCAGGUGGGCGGCAGGGAUGCUCAGCCCUGGACCUUCUUCUUUUGCAAUUGUACAUCUAACUUCUGAGUCUAGAUGAAAGGCAGUAUGUUUCAGAGAAUAUCUAUACCAGUUUUUCCCACAGCAGGAAGUGAGGGAACAGAACAGCAGCACUCUCUUCUACUCACAGGGCAGGGAUCAAAGUUUGAAAUAAAACACUGUCAGAGUGUUGAAAAAGUUUUGGUGGGUUCUGUUCAUUCCCCUGGCUCAGGCUGGGAGUAGACCAGCCUUUGAAUAGCACAAGUGGAAGAUGAGCUUACUUGUGAGUGACAGGACUUCUCAGGAAAUCCAGACUUGGGAAGAAUAAUUAGUGUUUAUAAAAUAUUUAAGAAGACCUUUUUUUGUAGAAUGACUUACUGAUGACUCAGCAUUUGUGCUUCAUUAGAAGAAUAUAAACCCAGAGAAAUAAUUUAUCCCUCAGCCUUUGAUGGUAUCAUUAAUUAUUAGCUGCAUCCUGGUGUGACCCCAGGAAGUAUGGUGGGAGACAGGGGCCAUGGAUGGCUUGCCUCCUUGGGAAAUUCACCUGCAAGACUUGGUUCCCCGAUUUCUAGUGGAUAUGGUGACUCUUCUUUCUAGUCCAGUAUUAUGAAGGUACAUGUACCAGAGUAUGAAUACCUGUGUAGAGUAGAAUAGCUCAGCCCUUCCUUGUUUAGCUCCAUCUGGGAUGUUAGGAGAAGGGAGUGGGACUUCACAUGCUUGUGUGUCCAAGGUCAUCUGACUAUGACAAGGGAAGUCACUGUACCAUCAACAAGCUUAGCUCUUAGUACUAUUGCUUUUAUCAGUCCAGUAUAAGCUCCCCUUAGAACACAGGACCUUAAUUCUUCUAUUUUCUCUUUCUCAAGCUUAGAAUUUGUUUUAAGGAAUCUGUCACUUAAAGUAAGAAAGAAUUAAUCUCUAGUGACCUUGUCCAGAGAGAAGAACCUGGCAUCAGGUUAAGAAUAAAUAACCAGUCUCUCUAAGCUAUCAUCUCAGCAAAGCAGCAAACAAGUGAGGCUUCACUGGGGAAGACUGGUUUUUUAGAGGAGCUGUUGAGUGCUGACUGUAGAAGCAAAGAUAAUCUAUGCUGAGGGAACAGACAGUGCUGGUGGGUUAACCCAAAGCAACCCCUCUUAAUCAUGCUACUUAGUCUCAACCCUUUUUUUUUUGUAGAGACAGAGUUUCACUUUGUGGCCCUCGGUAGAGUGCUGUGGCAUCACACAGCUCACAGCAACCUCCAGCUCUUGGGCUUAAGCGAUUCUCUUGCCUCAGCGUCCGGAGUAGCUGGGACUACAGGCGCCCGCCACAAUGCCCAGCUAUUUUUUUGUUGCAGUUUGGCCGGGGCCAGGUUUGAACCUGUCACCCUCGGCAUAUGGGGCUGGCACCUUACCGACUGAGCCAUGGGCGCCACCCAACCCUUUUGUUUUAAAAUGCACAUCAGUUUGCAGCAUUACUGCCCAAAUGAGGUUUGGUCACAUCCUAUUUGCCUGAGCCCUGGAUUAAGGCAAAAUAAGGGAAGUACUUUUGAGCUGGGGAGUACAGAUGAAGGGCAGGUAAUCCUAGCAAGAUAGGGAAGCAAAGAAACAAAAAACCCACACUUGGUAGGCAAAUAAUACAGUAAAUGAUUUCUUUAAAUAUGUAAAAACAGUGGUUCAAAUAAACUAUUUCAUACCACUGCCCUAGUU